AUGGCUGAAUUCGUACGAGCACAGAUCUUCGGUACGACGUUCGAGAUCACGUCCAGAUAUUCCGACCUCCAACCGGUAGGAAUGGGAGCUUUUGGCUUGGUUUGCUCUGCCAAAGAUCAACUCACCGGUCAGAAUGUAGCCGUCAAGAAGAUUAUGAAGCCCUUCAGCACCCCCGUCCUUUCCAAGAGAACAUACAGAGAGUUGAAGUUGCUGAAGCAUCUCAAGCACGAGAAUGUUAUCUCCCUGAGCGAUAUCUUCAUUUCGCCCCUUGAGGAUAUUUACUUCGUCACCGAACUCCUAGGCACCGAUUUGCAUCGCCUCCUCACCUCGAGACCGCUUGAGAAGCAGUUCAUACAAUACUUUCUCUACCAGAUCUUGCGGGGUCUCAAGUAUGUCCACUCUGCUGGUGUCGUCCAUCGCGAUCUCAAGCCCAGCAACAUCCUCGUCAACGAGAACUGUGAUCUGAAGAUCUGCGACUUCGGUUUGGCCCGUAUUCAAGACCCCCAGAUGACCGGAUAUGUCUCAACGAGAUACUACAGAGCGCCGGAGAUCAUGCUUACAUGGCAAAAGUACGAUGUUGAGGUAGAUAUCUGGAGUGCGGGGUGCAUUUUCGCGGAGAUGUUGGAGGGCAAGCCUUUGUUCCCUGGAAAGGAUCACGUCAACCAGUUCUCGAUCAUCACCGAACUCCUCGGAACACCCCCAGACGAUGUUAUCCACACUAUUGCUAGUGAGAACACUUUGAGAUUCGUCCAGUCGCUGCCAAAGCGCGAAAGACAACCACUGAAGGAUAAGUUCAGAAAUGCCGACCCAUUAGCAAUUGCACUUCUCGAAGAAAUGCUGGUAUUUGAUCCACGGAAGCGAGUUAAGGCACCGGAGGCUCUUGCACACGAAUACCUCGCGCCAUACCACGACCCUACAGAUGAGCCUGUAGCUGAGGAGCGGUUUGAUUGGUCAUUCAAUGACGCUGACCUCCCGGUGGAUACGUGGAAAAUCAUGAUGUAUUCCGAAAUCCUUGAUUAUCACAAUGUCGAAAAUGGAGGUGAUGGACAGGCAAUGGAGAUGAAUGGCAACUAA